AAUCCACAAGCUUCAUCCAAUAUUUCUGUUUACAUUAUUUUUCCGCAGCCUCCAUUAGAUAGCCACAUUCCUGGCAUCUAAUAGCUUCGGAUGGAGUAGGUGAUAAGAUAGUGGAGUUUUUGUUGGCUAGGAAUCCUACACCAUCGAAGCUGAAACAGGAUUGGUCACAGUAAAAAAAGAAGUGCUUCUGCCAUGAAUCGCGUUAUGUGGCUAUCGGUUUGUUCGAUACUGCUGAUUGCAGUUUGCGUGCAGUGUGCGGCUACGCACAAGCAUACCCACACGCACACGGUCAAUAAGGAACGCACCGAGGAUGGAGCAUAUGCUCCGCGGGAUGCACAUCAUAUGGAAGGCGGAGAACACUUUUCAGAGUUUGACCACGAAGCGAUCCUCGGAAGCGUUAAGGAAGCGGAGGAGUUCGACAAUUUGUCGCCGGAAGAGUCCAAAAAGCGGCUAGCGCUGUUGGUUGUCAAGAUGGAUCAGAACUCCGACGGUUACGUUGAUCGUCACGAGCUCAAGGCAUGGAUUCUACGGUCCUUUAAGAGCCUUGCGGAAGAAGAAGCAUCGGAGCGAUUUGAAGACGUCGAUUUGAACAACGAUGAAUCCGUGACGUGGGAAGAAUAUCUGCAGGAAACAUAUGGAAUGGAUAGCGAAGAUGAGGAAGGUGUCCGCCUUCCGUUUGAGGAGCCCCGAAAUGAGGAAGAACGCAAGCUCGUUCAGGACGAUAAAGAAAUGUUUGAGGCUGCUGAUACCAAUCGGGACGGAAAGCUGGACUCGACCGAGUUUGUGCAGUUCAUCUCUCCGGAAGAAUUCCCCCAAAUGCUUCCCAUAAUAUUGCAACAAACCCUUCGCGAUAAGGAUACGAACAAGGACGGUCGUAUCGAUUUCCAGGAGUUUGUAGGAGACAACGCAAAAGAUCACGACAAGGAGUGGCUGAUUGUUGAGAUGGACAAAUUCAAGGAAGAUUUCGAUAGGAAUAACGACGGCUUCCUGAGCGGCAAUGAAAUCCUGUCAUGGGUUGUUCCAAGCAAUGACGAGGUAGCUAGCGAUGAAGUAGACCACCUAUUUGCUGCCAGCGAUGACGAUCAUGAUGACCGUUUGUCACAUCAGGAAAUCAUUGAUAAGUAUGACACCUUCGUUGGUAGUGAAGCAACCGAUUACGGCGAUCAUCUUCAAAACAUUCAUCAUUUCGAUGAUGAACUAUAAUAAUGGUUUGCUGGACCAGUCGUCGGGCCAUUGUAUAAAUGGCGCAUACACAUCGCAUACUGAUAUGUAUUUCAUUUCACUCUACAAAAGCACUCUCGAAUAGCUCCUAUUUAAUUUAUUCUAUCGUAUCGGUACUAAUUUCUGUCGUACUCUUUUAUAGUGUCAUUUGCACAACUAUCAAUAACAGUUGCCAUAUACUAGAUAGAGAUUAUAUAGCGUACCUAACAUAUUUUUGCCAAAUAACUUAUGUUCUUUCAUUGUAUGAUUAUUAAAAUGUAAUAAAAUAAAUUUGGCUGGAGUUCUUCUUGAUGCCACAUUUAAA